CAUUCACAUCGUUUCUCAUCUCAUCUCAUUUCAUCCAUCUUUAGUUUUAUAAACAAGAAAAUAUCUUUGAAUUUACAUGAGAAACUUCACUUGAGAUCAAUUCUCAACAACCCAUAUAUAUUUAUACAAACACUAUAAAGAACUUUACCAAAAAGACUUACUCAUAAUUUAUUAGGCCAUGGCUCAGCCUUCACCAACGGCCUACACAACGUUCACACCGGCGGUCCCUGAUUGGCUGAACAAAGGCGAUAACGCAUGGCAGCUGACGGCGGCGACGCUGGUGGGGCUCCAAAGUAUGCCGGGGCUUGUGGUCAUCUACGCCAGCAUAGUCAAGAAGAAGUGGGCUGUGAACUCGGCUUUCAUGGCGCUCUACGCCUUUGCAGCCGUCCUAAUAUGUUGGGUCCUCUUCGCUUACCGUAUGGCCUUUGGCGACGAGCUUCUUCCCUUUUGGGGCAAAGGCGCUCCGGCUCUCGGCCAGAAGUACCUCAUCUCGCGUGCCCAAAUCCCCGAAAGCACGCACUUUAAAGAGAACGGCGAGAUAGAGAGCCGUAUGGUGCGACCCUUUUACCCUAUGGCCUCACUGGUGUACUUCCAAUUCACUUUCGCCGCCAUUACUAUGAUUUUACUGGCUGGGUCGGUUCUUGGUAGAAUGAACAUCAAGGCCUGGAUGGCUUUUGUUCCUCUUUGGUUGGUUUUCUCUUACACUGUUGGAGCUUUCAGUUUAUGGGGUGGAGGGUUCCUUUACCAUUGGGGUGUCAUUGACUACUCCGGCGGCUAUGUCAUCCACCUCGCCUCCGGUAUCUCCGGUUUCACGGCAGCGUAUUGGGUUGGGCCGAGGCUGAAGAGCGACAGGGAAAGGUUUCCACCGAACAACGUACUGCUGAUGCUGGUGGGAGCGGGGCUAUUGUGGAUGGGGUGGUCGGGAUUCAACGGCGGAGCGCCAUACGCGGCAAACAUAAGCGCGUCGGUUGCGGUGUUGAACACUAACAUCUGCGCAGCCACGAGCCUUCUGGUGUGGACUACUCUUGAUGUCAUUUUCUUCGGUAAGCCGUCGGUUAUCGGUGCCGUGCAGGGAAUGAUGACCGGACUUGCUUGUAUUACCCCCGGAGCAGGUCUAGUUCAGUCGUGGGCGGCUAUAGUGAUGGGAAUACUAUCUGGCAGUGUUCCAUGGGUAUCCAUGAUGGUGCUUCACAAAAAGUCUACCCUAUUACAAAAGGUGGACGAUGCCUUGGCAGUGUUCCACACACACGCGGUGGCCGGGUUUUUAGGCGGUCUUCUGACGGGGCUAUUCGCCGAGCCAGAGCUUUGCCGGCUUAUACUUCCGGUAUCGAACUCGAGAGGUGCUUUUUACGGCGGAAGCGGUGGAUUACAGUUUGUGAAACAAUUGGUGGCCGCCCUGUUUGUGAUCGGAUGGAACCUGGUUUCUACGACGCUCAUACUCCUCGCCAUAAGGGUCUUCAUACCACUGAGGAUGCCAGAUAAUCAGCUGAUGAUCGGAGACGAUGCCGUCCACGGAGAAGAAGCUUAUGCUCUAUGGGGUGACGGUGAAAAGUACGAUCCGACGAGGCACAGUGGCUGGAAUAAUAACAAUACGACGUCGUCGGCGCCGUAUGGAGAAGAGUUGAUUGCUCCUUCUCCUUAUAUCAAUGGUGCAAGAGGUGUGACUAUCAAUCUGUGAGAAGUGGUACUACUUGAGAUGAAAUGUCGUUAAAGAGAUUUUCUUUGAGGUAUUUCGUCGAACAGUUUGUGUGUUCAUUUUUAUUGUAAGUAGAAUUUUUGUUCUAAUUUUCUACGUCUUGGUUUUGUUGAUGGUAAGUUUUACUCUUUUUUUAACUGUAAAUUUGUAUGAAAUUAGAACAGGAUUAAUGAUAAUUGACGGGUUAUAAAAUAUUUGGUUUUUGGCU